AUGCCUGGCCAGGCCGAUAUCCGAGGGUCCGAGACUGAAGAACAACGGCAAUAUGAGCAGAAAGUCCACCAGCAGCAGGAUCUGAGCGACUCGACGGAGGAUCUGGAUAAGGAUCUGGACAAGAUGAAGGUUUCCAAGGUAGAUGGCGAGGAGGGAAAGAAGCCCAACUUCUUCAAGGCCAAGACGAGUGCUUUCUACCACAAGGUCAUCAAACCCGCCUUUCCGGAAGCUAUCCAGGAUCUCAAGAUCAUGGGUGGAAUGACCGCCUUGGAGUCUCGUGUCAAGCAUGAAAUCAACGACCCGAAGAUAUUUCCAGAAAUUGAAAAGGUCGCAGAGGUUCGCCGUGGACUUGACCUUUGUCCGGAAGAGCAGAACUUCAUUGCUAAGCGCCAAGUCAAUGCUCGGGAUCACUUUGCCAAGUAUAUGGGUCUCAAUCCGGCAGAUGUCAACCCAGAAGAUGUGCCUGUGGUUGCUUUCGGUGGCAGUGGAGGUGGCUUUCGUGCCAUGAUCGGAUGCUUGGGUUAUUGCCAGGAGAUGAAAGAUGCCGGGCUGUGGGAUUGCCUCACUUACGUCUCUGGUGUUUCUGGCUCAUGUUGGUCUCUCGCGGCGUAUUAUACCAUCGGGAAGGGCAGCAUGCAGUCGGUGAUUGAUCACUGCAAGAAGCGAUUCUCACCUUACCACCCUCUAUCUGGCGAUGCUAUUCGAACGAUACUCAGCGCACCGGGCGGUGCUAGAGUCACACUUGGACCACUGAUCCAGAAAAGCAAAAGCGGUCUUCAAACCGUGGCCAUGGACUUAUACUCCGUCUUCACAACUGGCUGGAUCUUCUUCCAAGACGACCCAGCCAGCCAUCCAGGCGGAAGUGCGCACAAAGAAGUAGCCGGCUAUCAAAAAUCCUGGUACAAGUACUCCAGCGCGAGAGAGUAUACCGAUGACGGUAGCGAACCUCUUCCCAUCAUGACCGCCAUCCGCCACGAGAGACCUUGGAAAGACUGGGAAGACAAAGAGCAUCCGUUCAAGGACGCAGAUCAUGCUACGGGUGACCACGCAGACGCCUCAGACGCCUGGUUCCAAUGGUUCGAGUUCACGCCAUACGAGAUCGGCUGCGAUGAGAUCGAGGCUUGGGUCCCAACAUGGGGAUUCGGACGUCCAUUCAGUGAGGGCAAAUCAACAAUGCAACUCCCUGAGCAGUCUCUGGCCCUCCUCCUGGGUCUCGCCACAAGUGCACCAGCAGGGCCUCUUACAUCUUACAUUUCCACCAUCAGCCGCAAUCUCCCUACCGGAUUCCUUGGCAACUCCAUCCACAAGAUGGCGCAUGCCGUGACCAAAUUCUGGGGCAAAGAAGGCACCGAAGAGUUUACAAACCACCACCCCCUACACGCGUGCAACGAACACAACUUCAUGUUCCACUACACCCCCGCCGACCAAGGCAAAGGCCGGCCUCCCGGCCUCGAAAACUCGCCCCGAAUCCACCUCAUCGACAGCGGCAUGGACAACAACUGCCCGACCUACGUCCUGCUGCACCCGAAACGCCACGCCGACGUCAUCAUCAACAUGGACGCCUCCUCGGACGUGCAAAAGGACACCUUCCAAGAACGCGUCGACCAGAUCGGCUCCCGCCGCGGCCUCAAAUUCACCAAACGCCACGCCGACAUCAAAGCCGGCGACGACCCCAAGGACCCCGACCGCUUCAACGGCCUCUACGCCCAGAUCUACGACGGCGUCCCCUGCGAACGCCCGCAGACCGUCGUGGAUUCCUACGGCCGCACGGUGCGGAACCCGCCCGCGCCCAUCACCGACCGCGAGUGCACGAUGAUCUACAUGCCGCUGUUGCCCAACGAGCGCGCGGUGGCGGAUUUCGACCCUUCGACGGCCAAGUUCAGCGGGAGCUAUAAUCUUGUGUGGACGCCGGAGCAGGUGGAGACGCUGGUGAAGGUUUGUGAUGCGAAUUUUCGCGAGGGCGAGGGGACGAUUAAGGAGGCGUUGCAUGAGGCUUGGGAGAGGAAGAAGAGGGAGAGGGAGGCGAGGGAACAGAAGGCGGAGGGGAAUGGGGUCUUGAAUGCGAAUGCUGAUGCCGGUGGUGUGGUUGGUGCUGUACCGGCCACGACUGCUAACGUGAAUGUGAAUGUGAACGCGACUCCUGAUGCUGUGGUUGAUGCAUCGCAGAUUGUUGAUACCCCUAAGUAA